CGGCCCUCGCCUGCCCAGCACAUUUCACACAACAGGAGCUCUCGUGCCGCGCGCUGCAGCAGCGAACGGCGCCAAGGGAGCGAGCGUAUCCCAGCAGUAAGUCGGCUUCGCGAUUUUGGGAAUUUGGUCCACUGCGGUCUUGUCACAAACAGGCUUAGUCGUCAGGGAUUGGGUUCUGGUAAAUUGGGCUAUAGUUUCAGUGGCAGGCUGGGGCAACUCACUUUGUCAAACCGCUGCUGGUGGUCACGUGGGAAAGUGGGAUUUCAAGUUCGCUGUAGACUCAAGCCUGCAGCACAAACUAUUCUUCUAUAAACUCUCUGUUACUCGUCGGCAGUCCGACCGAUAAACUAGGUCUUUCCACCAAUAUUUCGUCAUUACGCAGACGAACCGCUGCGCCAGACGCAGGCCGCUACCUUCCGUAGGGUAGUGACUAGCUCGCUAAACGCAGCCGUAAAACCUUGGCCGCACUGGACCUGGGGUGCCUCACCACGCACUCCCAGUCCAGCGACGCCCACCACCCCUCACCACCACCCCUUCGUUCUCAUCACAUGGAUGGCACGCGGACGUUCGGCACAUCCCAAACGACCACUGCUCAAAGCUCACGUGUCGCAUACUCCUUUCUCCAUUUUGCAGUCGCUGAGCGAACUUUGCAGCGAAAUCCGCCCUGCUGCUCUCGGGGCGAGUGACACGUACGCCCCAAGCGCUGCUCCAACGAACACAGCAGACUGCUGCCGUGGCGCCAUCGCACGAAAUAACAUCAGCAGCUCGACCCACUAAGAGCCAUGUCUGACGACGGCACCGGCCCGCCGCUUCAGAAGCGAGGAUGCAUGGCGCGAUGCGAUGCGGCGGGCGACCGCGCACAUGCUUACGCGGAUUACAAGAUGGAGCGGUGGGGCCUGGUCUACCGGCAACGGCUGCUGGUCUUCCACAUGCUUGACCAGCUGAAGGAGCAGAUUAUGGCCAUCCUGCCCAUCUCCUUCCUGCUCAUCUUUGUGAUUGGCGCCUUCUUCCAGCAGACCACAAACUCGCCUGGACAGCAGGCAUUUGGCCUGGUGUGCGCCAUCUUCGGCCUGCUGUUCUUCAUGGAGGGGCUGCGUGUGUGCAUCAUGCCGCUGGGCGAGAUGGUAGGCCGCAGAUUGCCCAUGAAGUACCCGCUGUGGGUGGUGCUGGUGGUGGCUGGCGGGCUGGGCAUUCUGGUCACCUACGCCGAGCCCGCCAUCUCCUCCCUCACGCCCCUGGCCAAGUUGGUCGACAAGACCAAGGCGCCCUACCUCUACUACGCCCUCAACGACCAGCGGGAGAUGCUGGUGUUAUCCAUUGGUCUUGGCGUGGGAAUGGCGGCUGUGAUUGGCACCCUGCGCUUCGUGAAGGGGUGGCCCCUCAAGCCUAUCAUCUACGCGAGUCUGUGCCCCACCAUCGGCCUGGCCUGCUACAUGCAGUGGGGCAAUCCCGACCUUGCGCCGCUGCUGGGUCUGGCCUGGGACUGCGGCGGCGUCACCACCGGCCCCGUCACGGUGCCCAUCCUGCUCGCCAUGGGCAUUGGCGUCAUGAGCAGCCAGCGCCAAAAGCGGCUGGCCAAGGCGGCAUUGCAGAAUGCCGUUGACACAAACACGGGCCAGACGCUGGAAGGAUUUGGCGUCGUGACGCUUGCGUCCGUUUACCCCAUCCUGGCGGUUGAGCUGAUGGGUGUCUUCAUCAGCCUCACAAAGACCACCGAAGAAAUCAUCCAGUCCACUGAAGACAACAGUUCCGAAGCGGCGGUUGAUCAGUCGCCCGUGCGUGAGGUGCUGUUCGCCAUCCGCGCCAUCAUGCCGCUCAUCACCGCGCUGCUGCUGCUGGUGGUGGUGGUCAUUCGGGAGCCCAUCCCGCACCUCACGCCCUACACCGUGGGCCCCAACGUCCGCGGACCCGACGACAGCGCGCACGGCAGCGUCGUCUCCGCCAGCAGCGCCAACGACCUCUCGCACCAGGAAUCCCACCGCACUAACAACAAGAGCCUCAAGGCAGUGAGCAUAGGAGUGCCGUCUCUGGGCAAGGAGAGCCGCAGCCUUGCGGCUGGCAGCAGCACAUCCAUCCCGCUCACCACCGCCACCAGCGGCCUGGCAUACGGCACCCCCGAGGCCAGCAGCCACCAUCAUGCCGAGGAGGCAGCAGUGGCCGCCACGGGCGCUGUGGUGGUGGCCGCUGCGGAGGGUACGGGAUCCGGGAGUGACAGCGGCGGACACAGCAGCGGCAGUAGCCCCAAGCCAAGCAGCAGCCCCAAGCCCGGCCCCGUGGCGGAGGGCAGCGAGGAGCCGCAGCAGCAGCAGCAGCAGCAGCACACACUGGAGGCUGGGGUCCAUCCCGCCCCGCCGCCCAUGCUGUUGGCGCACAGCCCCAUGCCGCCGACACCGGCUGCGCCCGCGGAGUUGGGUGAUCCGCACGGUGGUGGUGAUGGUUCGCACGAUGCUGCCGGUGGUGGUGCUGGUGGUGAGGGCCCGCACAAAGAGACGCAGCUGCAGGCGCUGCACGGCAAGAUGGUAGAUGCCAUGAAGCAGGCCGCCACUGCCGCCACUGCGCCGGCGGUGGCGGGUGGCGAUGAUGGCGCCCGCGAUGAGACGGUGAUGGUGGUGACGCUGGAUGCGGACGGCAAGCCCGUUCAGGAGCCCUGGUGGCGGCGCUACGGCGGCCUUAUCGUGGGCGUCCUCAUGGCGCAGGGCGGCAUGAUUGCCUUCAACAUCGGCCUGACCUACGGCUUCACGGCUCUGGGCGACCAGGCCGGCACGCUGCUGCCAGCCGCCUACAUGGUUGUGCCGGGGCAGCCCGACUCGCCGUACUACUCCUACGUGGGCGGCAUUGUGCUCAUCAUGGCCGUCACCUUUUCGCUGGGCUUCAUGGCCACGCGUGCCGAGCCGGCCCUGCGCGUGCUGGGCCGCACGGUGCAGCACCUCAGCGGCGGCGCCUUCACCUGCUCCAUGCUGGUGUAUGCAGUGUCUGUGGGCGUGGGCUGCGGCAUGGCUGUGGGAUCUACCAAGAUUCUGUUCGGCGUGCCUAUCAUCUACAUCAUCCUGGUCAAAUACACAAUCGCGGUGGCCAUCACGGUCUUCAGCCCCGAGGACAUCACAAACAUCGCCUGGGACAGUGCCGGCGUCACCACCGGCCCCGUCACCGUGCCCUUCGUGCUGUCGCUGGGUAUCGGCUUCAGCAAAGCCACUGGCGCCGCAGAGGGCUUCGGCAUUCUCACCGCGGCCUCCGUGGCUCCCAUCAUCUCUGUGCUGCUGACCAACCUGUUCAAAAACCCGUUCAAGAAAGCCGUACGGACCAUGUCGCGCUCCAUGUCUCGCAUGUCGAGUCGCCGGGGAAGCCUCACCAGGAGCUCCCUUGCCGCCAUGUCGAAGCGGGCCAAGCGCCAUAAGGACACCAACCAAGCUAUCGACCAGAUGGCCGUCAUUGCGGCCGCCGCGGCGCGCCUCGAGACCCACUCCAACUGGACGCUGGGCACGUCUCCCUCCAUGGCUCCCAGCAGCGGACUGCACACGCCGGGUUCACUGGCCGCGCCCUCGAUGGAGCUCGCUCCGGCGUCAACACAGCAGACGGGUGCUCUCUCGCCGCGCGACGGCGUGCCGCGUGCCUAGCCAUGGAUACCAUGACCGUCGCGCACCCGCUCCGUGACGCCGGCGCGUAUGUCCACCCAAUCUCUGUGUUGCCACCAGCUAGCAGCAGUGGCGGCGGCGCCCGGCGCUGCCUUGCCUGAAUAAGGAUUAGCUGAAGCUGACCGAAGCCAAGACGCGCCCAUGAACGAGACCCUUGGAAGAGCAGAGUUUUGUGCGGUUCUGUCUAGCAACCGCUACUUUGGAGCCUUGGUGGCCCAUUGAAAGCACACUUUGGCGACCCUUAGGACAAUCGUCACCGUAAGACGUUGGGAUGAGUGUUGUGGUGCAAGGGAUGCAGGUUGCGCAAACAGGGUGUGUUGUCAAGUGAGUUUCCGUCUUCCGGAUUCGCAUGCAUAUGCAAGUAACAAUAAGUGCUCGGCUUGCAAAGGUGCAAUGGGGAUUGUUACGGUGUUUUGUCAGGACACACCGUACAGUCAUCAGAACGUGUGGAGUAUGCAGUGUCGUGCGUGCAGUGUUAACGGUGUUGGCUUGAUGCUGUCUGUUGUUGUGAAUUACAGCUUGCUACCAACUUGUCGUAUCCAGUUGUUUCUGUAUCGGUGUGUUGGGACACGUUGCGACACGCAUGCCGCCAGACUGACUUUGUCUGCCGGGCGCGUCAUAGUAACUACCGGUGUUCGUGACAGCCAUUGCAUGCGCCAUUGCGCCCAGACAGAGCCACGCAUCAGCUGCUUCCAUUCCAUCCGCUCACCUACCUGCGGCCAGCCGCUUGCUGCAACAAGAAUGUAGACGAUCAUAGAAAGGGAUGCAUCGGUGCGCCCCUGAUCAUAGAGGGGAGAUGCGAGGCUGUUGUCGGACCAAGCAUUGUAGCUUGUGCAUCGGCUGUGUGCGUGGGGUGCUGGCCAAGCGUUGUCAUGGUACGCUACUCUGAGGAGUGUCUGAGCAAGGAAGGAGCCAGGCCCCUGUGCAGCUUGUGUGUGGCUAGCACGUAUAAACGCGCCGGAGUGUGUGUGUGUGUUACAGGAUUGGAAGUGUGCAUUCCUAAUACCUGCAACGAGACUAACCGA